ACCAACCAUCAUGCCGAGCCAGAAGAGCAACAAGGGGAAGAGAAGUAAGCGCACUAACAGCAGCGGAGAUGAACAGGAAAAUGGAGCCUCCGCAGGAGCAGCAGGAGGAGCAGCGGGAGGAGCAGCAGCAGCAGCAGGAGCAGCAGGAGGCGGAGGAGGAGCAGGAGCAGCAGCAGCGGGAGGAGGAAGCACUGCCUUAGUAGGAGCUACAGCCGCUCCGCCAAGCGGUAAACGAGAGGCCCCGUGUGCCACACCGCUUGUGUGCAGUUUGGGCCGUGCUGUUGACCUUGAGAAGGACGACUACCAGCGGGUGCUGUGCAACAGCGAGCACUGUCCUUAUGGCAACUGGAUGCACCUACAGUGCUUCUAUGAGUGGGAAAGCAGCAUUCUUGUACAGUUCAACUGCAUUGGCCGUGCCCGUAGCUGGAACGAGAAGCAGUGUCGGCAGAACAUGUGGACCAAGAAGGGCUAUGACUUGGCCUUUCGCUUCUGCUCGUGUCGCUGUGGUCAGGGCCACUUAAAGAAAGACACUGACUGGUACCAGGUCAAGCGCAUGCAGGACGAGCGCAAGAAGAAGGUGGUGACGGAGAAAGGUAGUGGGAAGGCCAGUGGAGGUGUCUCGGCAGGGGGUGGAGGGGAGGCCUCGGAGGAUCUCAAGAAAGGCAAGUCGUCUAAUAAACUGCCUCACCGUGGCUCCAACCAAGACCUUUCACGCCGCCAAUCUGUGGAUCGGCAGAACUCUCAAGAGAGGAGCCACGCGGUUACCAGCAUUGGGGUGAACCUGGGAGUGCGCUCACCCACUGACUCGCCUGGCCAGUCUCCACCAUUAGGCUUCUCGUUCUUCACACCUCAGUCUGUCAGUGGACCACGCAGUUCACGUCACCUGGGCGAAUUCCUUAAAAAUGCAGUCCACAUGGAGGGCAACCGGAAACACUUGCUGGUGGGACAUGUGGCCGGCCGGGGAAGUCUUCAGGCGGAUCACGUGGCAGGCAGUUUGUGUCUGCCCCGCCUUACUCACGCCGAUGGCCCGGUGCAAUUCUUGCGGAGGCUGGACCUCUCCGAGCUGCUGGCGCACAUCCCUCGGCAUAAGCUCAACACCUACCACGUGCGCAUGGAGGAUGAUGCCCAGGCCGGGCAGGGUGAGGACUUAAGAAAGUUCAUCCUCUCUGCGCUUAGUGCUAGCCACCGCAAUGUGGUCCACUGCGCUCUGUGCCACCGCAUGCUGCCCAUCUUCGAGCAGUUUCCUCUGGUGGAUGGGACGCUCUUUCUCAGCCCUUCACGACACGACGAGAUUGAGUAUGAUGUGCCGUGCCACUUACAAGGGAGGCUGAUGCACCUGUACGCCAUCUGUGUGGACUGUCUGGAAGGGGUGCACAAAAUAGUGUGUAUAAAGUGCAAAUCCCGAUGGGACGGAAGCUGGCACCAGUUGGGUACUAUGUAUACCUACGACAUUCUGGCUGCUUCACCUUGUUGUCAGGCCAGACUGAACUGUAAGCACUGUGGGAAGCCUGUGAUCGAUGUACGCGUGGGCAUGCAGUAUUUCUCCGAGUACAGCAACGUGCAGCAGUGUCCACACUGUGGCAAUCUGGACUAUCACUUUGUCAAACCUUUCUCCUCCUUCAAAGUCCUCGAAGCCUAUUGACAAAAGUUCUACUUGCAUGCUAGUCUCCUUCCCUUUUUUUUGUUCCUAGGGAAUUUUAUUUGUCAUGAUUCUUUUUUUUUUAAAUUAAAAUUAAAUAGAGAAGAGUGAAACAAUGGCAGUUAAUCACAGAGGAUGAAGUCAGGAAGCGCUUCACUAAAUGUUCAUAAGACUUUCUCAUCUGGCAUUUACAACCACAGAAGCAAGAAUAAUACUGUGACGAGUGAAUGUAUCUGUACAGUAUAUGCCAAAUUCACCCUUUUGUACAAAGAACAAAAAUAAUAAAAUGCAUAAAAUCUGUA